UUUUUAACUUCCGCGUCCGACCGGUUCCUACGGCCACGACCAGGCGGGCGACGCGGCAACGCGUUGCGAGAGGACGGAGAAGAGUCGUCGUCGGCGGCCGCGAGGGUGUAAUGGUGACCCGGACUCGUUCACGUGGCGCAGGGGGGCUCCUUUUCCCCGGUUCCCCCCCCUCCUCCUCCUUGUUGACGCGUGAGCUCCGAGUUUAGCCGACCUGCUAGCCGCCAACUUGGGAGAGAAAGUGGAGGAGAGGCUGCUGAAACGCCGGCCUAUGCGACGGAGAUCAGGUGAGGGAUGGAGAUGAGAGAGUUGACCGUGGUUGCCGGAAGCUUUGUCAGUUUCCAGCUACUGUUCUCGGUGGCCAGUCCUUUACUCUCUUACGCCAUCGCGCCGAGUUAUGGAUUGCUACCUCCCACCAAGCACACAGAGUGGAACUCCAGGUUGGUGUCGACUGUCCACGCUCUGGUUGUGGGAUUAUUUUGUUUGUACAUCCUUUGGUUCGAUGACGCAGUCAAUGCGAACCCCGUCUGGGGCGACCCCACUAUGGUCAAAUUAAAUGUAGCCAUAACGUGUGGCUACCUGCUGUAUGAUCUUUUGCUGCUUGCAUGUAAUUGGAGCACUAUGGGAGACAGCUUUUUUGUCUGUCACCACUUGGCGGCGCUCUAUGCAUAUGGAUAUGUGCUGACACGCGGCGUGCUCCCCUACUUUGCCAAUUUUCGUCUCAUUUCAGAACUAUCCACGCCAUUUGUGAACCAAAGGUGGUUCUUCGAAACACUAAAAUACCCCCGCUCGCACGGGCUGGUAGUAAUAAACGGCGUGGCCAUGGCGGCGGUCUUCUUCCUGGUGCGCAUCGCCGUCAUGCCGUCCUACUGGCUCAGCGUGUUCGCCACGUUCGGCACGGCGGACUUCGAGCGCCUGGGCUUUGGCGCCCAGGUGGCCUGGAUCAGCUCCUGCGUGGCGCUGGACAUCCUCAACACCAUCUGGAUGUACAAGAUCGCCCGCGGCUGCUACAAGGUGUUGAUCGGCAGGAGGGCCCGCAAGGUCAAGGACGGCGCGGAGGCCCCCGGCUGCUCGGAAAAGCAAAAGCACGCCAACAACCACACGGACUGAAGGGGAACCGAGGAACAUAUCUGGGAAUAUGGGAAAGCUCAGCCCUCCUCCCUGAAUUAGCCAGCGGAGCGGGCUGGGAGUCCUCAGGUUGGAACCCUGACACAGGUGGACUGUCCUUUUUGACUCAAUCCAGCACCAGCCUUUGCAGCCUCAGUGGUUUAGCAUUCUGUUGCAGAACUCACUAAAACUUAGUUGUUGUUUUUUUUUAAAACCCUUCCACUUCCCAUCACCGUCAUCCCCACCUAUCCCACCUCCUCUCACAUCCACUCCAAGCCCAAUCCUCUGAAGUGCCUGUAAAAAAAAAAAGACAACAAGGCAGUUUAGGCCAGUCCAGGUUGACCGAGACCGCACGUUCAAGUCCUUCCACUCCUGCAGGCCCUGUAGUGUUUUUGUCAAUCAGGUCUCCGGUCUCCCAACACCCAAGGAACACCGUAAUGCCUCGUGGAAAGUGUUCCCUGCUGUGGCACCUGCCUUUUCUCACCAGCCAUGGCGCUUUUUCCAAUUUGGGACCGCACGCCGGCUUCACGGCAGACGUGUAGCCCUACGGUCUAUUUGGAGUUCUCUAACGUGGGUCAGAGUAAGGUAACUUGUGCAUUCUACAUUUAUCAUCUGCCUCACUGGAUUGGGCUUCACUGUCCAGCCUUAACUUAUUGUUUUAUUAUUUUAUCUUCUACCUCCCCUCUCCACCCCCCUGCCUUACGACAUCAGCAAUGUCUUCUUCAUGAGCUUUUUUUUUUUCUUUAAUUUUUUUUUCCUCCCUUCUCUACUGUGAAUGUAGUGUUUGAAAUCAUAUCUUUUUCUUUAGCCAACCACUGCAGCGAAACAAGCGGCAUAAAAUAUGCUCAAGGAACCAGUGCACCCUGGAAGCUUUUAAUCUUCCAACUAUCUCCUGUCAAUAACUCUUUAAAAAAAAAAAAAAAGAAAAAAAAAACGGUCUCCCCUUAAAAGGGAACUACCCUUUUUUGGGGGGUGGAAUUUUGCCUAUCUUCACAAUCAUUAUGAGAGACAAGAACACACGCCUUUUUUUUGUUUUCACGAUUUUAAAGAUGCGGCUAAUGGAAGUCACCGUUGUAGCCUUCAAAGCCUCUAAAACAACUUCAAAACCCUCCAUCGUUUAUAUAAACACUGCAAGUAUAUAUAUAAUGUAGUAACAGACACCUUCAUAACAAUAUGUAAUAUCUACAAUUAACACACUGCAAGUGUAUAUAUAUAAUGUAGUAACAGACACCUUCAUGACACUAUGUAAUAUGUACAAUAUACACACUGCAAGUAUAUACUGUAUAUAAUGUAGUAACAGACACUUUCAUAACAAUAUGUAAUAUGUACAAUAUACACACUGCAAGUAUAUAUAUUUAAUGUAGUAACAGACACCUUCAUAACAAUAUGCACAAUAUACACCCUGCAAGUAUAUAUACAAUGUAGUAACAGACACCUUCAUAACAAUAUGUAAUAUGUACAAUUAACAUACUGCAAGUAUAUAUAUAUAUAUA